AGCAAGAAAACUUUUAUUAUGAAAACCGGAUACGUGUUUUGAACCGGAAGUUAAUGUAAAGUUUUUUCCGCUGCUGAAAAAGGACAGUGAAGAAAUUUCGAAAAAAUAGCCGACAAAGGGAUAUUGGAGGACAGUAAAAGUGAUGGACUCUUCAGACAGAAGCCAAAGUCCAUCUCCUCAAAAUGAACAACCUAGUGGUGAUGAGUCCAAUCCGUCUGAUGGGAGACUCCAACAAGUCAGCGCAGAAGAGGAAAGCACCAAAGAGCAGCAGUCUCCACAGACAAAGCCCAUGUCCAGAAACUCAUCCAAGAGCCCCUCCCCUAGCAGCUCAGACAGCAGCAGCAGCAGCGAUGAAGAUGAGCAUCAUGGAGCACUUAGGAAGAUAAGGAGUAGUGUUGCUGAAAUCAAAAGACCAGAGCAAACGAGAUCCAGGUCCAGUGAAAAAGACGACUCCAGAUCCAGAUCCAGAUCAAAGUCUGGUGAAAAAGACCGGUCCCGGUCCAGGGAGAGAGACAGAUCUCAGUCCAGGGGUCGUGAUAGAUCCAGAUCCAGAUCAAGGGGACGAGAUGGAUCCAGGUCGAGAAGACGGGACAGAUCCAGAUCCAGAUCUAGGGACUGGAACCCAGACCGUUUUAACAGAAGAUACUAUCCUCGCGAUCGCUAUGAUGAUCGACGUGACGACAGAAACGGCCGUUUCGAUCGGCGAGGCAACCGGGAUAUGGAGCCUGGUGAAAGGAGGCGGGGCCGCUCUGCUUCUCCUCCCAUCGACAAGGAGGCAGAGACUCCAGAUCAGCCUCCCGUUAAGAAGAAAAAAGAGGAGAUUGAUCCGAUCUUAACCAGGACUGGUGGUGCUUACAUUCCCCCUGCCAAGCUGCGCAUGAUGCAGCAACAAAUUACUGACAAGAGCAGCCUGGCCUAUCAGAGGAUGAGCUGGGAGGCUCUGAAAAAGUCCAUCAACGGUUUGAUCAACAAAGUCAACGUGUCCAACAUCGUCAACAUCAUCCAGGAGCUCCUGCAGGAAAAUAUCGUCAGAGGGAGGGGUUUGCUGGCUCGCUCAGUGCUGCAGGCUCAGGCAGCUUCUCCCAUCUUCACUCAUGUCUACGCUGCUGUGGUUGCCAUCAUCAACUCAAAGUUCCCUCAGAUCGGAGAGUUGAUCCUUAAACGCCUCAUCCUGACCUUCAGACGGAGCUACCGCCGCAACCUCAAGCAACAGUGCCUGAACGCCUCAAAGUUUGUGGCUCAUCUCAUCAACCAGAAUGUUGCUCAUGAGGUAUUGUCUCUGGAGAUGCUGACUCUUCUGCUGGAGCGUCCGACCGACGACAGCGUGGAAGUCGCCAUCUCCUUCCUCAAAGAGUGUGGACUCAAACUGACCGAGGUUUCACCCAGAGGAAUCAAUGCCAUAUUUGAGCGUCUCAGGAAUGUUCUCCACGAGUCGUCGAUUGACAAGAGGGUCCAAUACAUGAUAGAGGUGAUGUUUGCCAUCAGGAAGGAUGGUUUUAAAGAUCAUCCAGUGAUCCCAGAUGGUCUGGACCUCGUUGAUGAGGAAGACCAGUUUACCCACAUGCUGCCACUGGAAGAUGACUACAACCAAGAGGAUGCCCUCAAUGUCUUCAAAAUGGACCCAGACUUCCUGGAGAACGAGGAGAAAUACAAAACCAUUAAAAGAGACAUCCUGGAUGAAGGGAGCAGUGAUUCAGGAGAUGAAGGUGACGGCAGUGAGGAGGAGGUGAACGAUGAGGAGGAGGAAGAAGAGGGUGAAAAGGUCACCAUAUUUGAUAAGACAGAAGUCAACCUGGUUGCAUUUAGAAGAACCAUCUAUCUGGCCAUACAGUCCAGUUUGGACUUUGAGGAGUGCGCUCACAAACUCAUAAAGAUGGACUUUCCUGAGAGCCAAACGAAGGAGCUGUGUAACAUGAUCCUGGACUGCUGUGCUCAACAGAGGACCUAUGAGAAAUUCUUUGGUCUUCUAGCUGGGAGGUUUUGUCUCCUGAAGAAGGAGUACAUGGAGAGUUUUGAGGCGAUAUUUGCAGAACAGUACGAGACAAUUCACCGUCUGGAGACCAACAAGCUGAGGAAUGUGGCUCGGCUCUUUGCUCACCUGCUUUACACAGACUCUGUACCGUGGAGUGUGUUGGAGUGCAUCAAGAUGAGUGAGGAGACGACGACAUCGUCCAGCAGGAUUUUUGUUAAAAUUCUCUUUCAGGAGCUUUGUGCGUACAUGGGUCUCCCGAAACUCAACCAACGGCUGAAAGACUCGACUUUGCAGCCGUUCUUUGAAGGUCUUUUUCCUCGUGAUAAUCCCAGAAACACUCGCUUUGCCAUCAACUUCUUCACCUCCAUCGGUCUGGGAGGACUCACGGAUGAGUUGAGGGAACAUUUGAAGAAUGCUCCAAAGAUGAUAAUGACCCAGAACCAGGAAGUGGAGUCCUCUGACUCCUCAUCCUCCUCGUCCUCCUCCGAUUCCUCCUCCUCAGAUUCUUCCAGCGAAUCAGAUUCAGAUUCUUCGUCAGACUCCUCCUCCUCCAGCAGCAGCUCAGACUCAGACAGCAAACGCAAGAAGAGAAAAGGUCGCAGAGAGGAGAAGAAAAAGACGGAAAAGAACAAGAGGAAGGAGAAACCUGACAAGAAGCAACACAGAAGCAAGAGGGACAAAGAUGACGACGACGACGAGAAGGCGGCGAGGAAGGACCAGAGGAGGCACGAGCGGGAUGUGCAUGAACGCGCCCACGAGGACCCCCGACGGCGUAGACGGGACGAAGGAUCAGAGGAAGAGGAGGAGGACAGGAGACGAAAAACCGACAGAGCGAGAGAUGGAGAAAGACACAGAGAGAGAGAGCGAGAGAGAGACAGAGGGAGGGAGCGAGAGAUUGAGGGGAAGAGAGAAAGAGAGAGGGAGAGGAAUAAAGAAAACAGAGACAGGAACAGGGAGGAGCGGAGGAGGAGAUGAAACUCCAAACCCGCAGCAGGGAGUGAUCUUCAACCCGCCGCUGUAGAUCUGGGACCCAUCUCUUAUUUUCCUAUUUGACUUUUUAUUUUCUCUAUGAAAUGAGAUCUAAACUGUUUUAGACGUUUCUUUGUAAAUUGUGAUUUUUAAAAUAUUUUCGGCUCGUUUGUAAAGAGUUUAGUUUUCAUGCAGGAGAUCUGUUUUUGGUAUCAAGCUUUUAAAGGAGCAGUUGGUCCUUUUUGUGCUGUAAAAAAACUGUAAAGCUGGUGCCAGCUUCAGUGGAACUGUGAAAGUGGCAGAUAUUGUUAAUUCUUUAUUAUCAAAACAAAAAAAAAGUUCUUUUAAACUUUUGCAAAUAAAAAGCUUCAGUUCUGCAA